AAGCCAGAAAUUGUUCGUCUCAAACUAAUUAAGAACCACCCAAAACCAGAAUCAUCAACCUUCUUUCUCUGCUUCAGCUAAUCAAACCAUGACACUGAAUUCCAUAAUAUAUAUUCUCUUUCACUUGUUAGUGCCUGCCUUGGAUACCUUCAGCAACACUCUAGCAGUGGCAGGUGAUCCAGAUAUCAUAUAUGACUUUGCUUCACCACAGAACUACAGUGUCAAUGGAAGCUUUUUUACUUACACUGAUUUAAGAGGAGUUCUAGAUCAAAUUCCACUAUCUUUCAAGGCCACAAAAGUUACCUUGGUAGAAUUUCCUGCUCUUAAUGGACAAAGUAUAUCAUAUGCAAUAUUUCAGUACCCUGGUGGUAGCAUCAACCCUCCUCAUAUCCACCCUCGUGCAGCUGAGCUUCUGUUCCUUGUAAGUGGUUCCUUGCAAGUAGGAUUUGUUGACACUAAACGCACACUUUACACUCAAAACCUCAAACCAGGUGAUGUGUUCAUAUUUCCUAAAGGUUUGAUACAUUAUCAGUAUAAUCCACAAUCAGUUUCAGCCACUGCUAUAUCUGCUUUUGGAAGUGCAAAUGCAGGAACAGUUUCAAUACCCCUUUCAAUCUUUAGUACAGGAAUUGAUGAUGUAAUCCUUGCCAAGGCUUUCAAGACUGAUACUUAUACAGUGAAGAAGAUAAGAUCAGGCCUAAACAAAUCGUAGAAUGGCAAGCUAAGCUUUCAUGUACCGCUUCCAUCCAGUCUCUUAAUAGAGUUCUUGUAGCUACGAGCUUCUACAUAUGUGAACAUGAGCAAGAAAUCUUAUUAGUAAAAGCCUCCAUGUAUUCAUUUUUAUACUUAUUUUAUUAUGAAUGUUAUUUUGUAUUAUUUUCUAAAAUAUUGGUGAACAUGUGCACCAACUGAUAUAUAAUUGUUUUAGUUUAAUCAGUAGCUUCUGAGUUUUAAGUAUUCAAUGUAUUAAAAACUCAAAUAGAGAGUUUGUCAACAAUAGUAAUUUUACAUUGGUCAAAUAGGAUUACCUUCCGUAUAGGAUAAAAGAAAAUAUA